UCAUUUGUUUUGGACACAGCAAAAAUGAAUUGAAUUGAAGUGGAUUUGGAUUGUUUGUUUGUUUAUUUUUCAAUUAGAUAAUUCUUGAAAAAUCCGGAAUGAUUGCAUUGGAUAGUGAAAAAUUCUUCGUUUUCACCAUCAUCUUCGCCUUGAUAUGGACCACCGCCAACGGUGGCCAAUCAACAAUGAAUUUGACACCGAUAAUAUUGGUUCCAGGUGAUGGUGGUAGUCAAUUGGAAGCUAAACUGAAUAAAUCAAGUGUACCACAUUAUUUUUGUGAUCGUCAAACAAUGGAUUAUUUUAGUGUUUGGCUGAAUCUUGAGUUAUUAGUACCAUUCAUAAUUGACUGUUGGGUAGAUAAUAUGAAAUUAAUUUAUGAUAAUCGUACCCGAACAACACAUGAUAAUGAUGGUGUUCAAAUACGUGUACCGGGUUUCGGCAAUACGACUACAGUUGAAUAUGUUGAUCCAAGUCGUUUACCAAUUUCUGGUUAUUUUGGUCGAAUGGUUGAACAUUUUGUAGUGGAUUUUGGUUAUGAACGUGGCCAAAAUAUACGCGGUGCACCAUAUGAUUUUCGUAAAGCUCCAAAUGAACUACAAGAUUACCUGAAAUCGGUAAAAAAAUUGAUUGAACAGACAUAUCGUAUGAAUGGUGAACGACGUGUUGCAAUCAUAUGUCAUUCAAUGGGAUGUUUGGUCAUGUUGAAAUUUCUAAAUGAUCAGCAACAAAAGUGGAAAGAUCAUUAUGUACAAUCAUUCAUUACACUAGGUGGACCAUGGGGUGGUUCGGUGAAAUCAAUCAAAGCCUUUAUAUCGGGUGAUAAUUUCGGUGUUAUUGUUGCACCAUCAUUAACCAUCCGUGAUGAUGAACGUACAUUUCCAAGUCUUGCAUAUCUUUUACCAAAUGAUAAUGUUUUCGAUACCGAUCGUGUUCUAGUGGAAACAAAGCAACGAAAAUAUUCCAUAAAAAAUUAUCAACAAUUAUUCCAUGAUAUUGAUUACAAUGUUGGUUAUAAUAUGUGGUUAGAUGUACGAAAUAUUACCUAUGAUCUGACCGCUCCAGGUGUUGAAGUUUAUUGUAUUCACGGCAUUGGUCAUGAUACGAUAAAUAAAUUAAUUUAUGAUAAAAAUCAAUUUCCUGAUCAACAACCUGAUCGUAUUGAAUAUGGUGAUGGUGAUGGUACGGUGAAUGAAGAAAGUUUAAGUGCAUGUAAACAUUGGCAUCAUAAACAGAAACAGCCUGUCCAUUAUCUACCAAUUCAUGAUAUGGAUCAUAUGCGUUUAUUAAGUGAUCAAAACAUUAUGGCCAAUUUUCAUCAUGCAUUAAAAUCGUCGAAAAAAAAUUCCGAAAAAAAAGAAAAAAAUCCAUGAUUGAUUGAUC